UUAGUCACGUGCUCGCUUUCCUUCUCCCCUCCGUUUCGAAAACCAAAUCUCUCUGUCUACUAGGCGGGAGAGUGAGACGGCCAUGGCGGAGGCGCAAGCCCUAGUACCGGCGCAAGGUCCCGACGAGGCGCCCCUCGAUGCGUCCGCCAUUCAUAGCCGGGUGGAGCAGCUCUCAUUGAAAAGGCUGGAGGUGGAGCCGGAGGCGGAGGUGGCGGAGGAUGAGGUGGCACUAGGUUUGGACUCCACGCACAAGGCGGCUCAGGAUGCGAUGGAUGAGUGGGACUCGGCCACUGCUGCGGUUUCAAUUGAUGAUUUGGAUGCAUACCUGGAACAACUGAGAAAGGAUGUAGCCAUGGCAGAGCAGGGGAAUCAGAAGGUAUCUGAUAUGAUUCAAUUGGAUGUUGGUAUUGAAAUGCUGGAGUCUUUGAUUUCGAAUCUUGGUCCAAAGGCUUUGAACCAUUUUGAUGAAAGUUCUGUUCUGGGGCUGUCAGACUCAACUGAUUCAUGCAGAAAUCGAAGCAUUGCUGACAAGGACUACAUAUAUGAGUUGGAACUUGAUCACCAAAUAGAAAAAAGUACGAUGGAACUUGAAAUUUUACAACAUCUACAAAGGGAUGAUGAAAUGUUUCAACUUGAAUCUAAGUUAUUGCCAUUUGGAGCGAAGAUCUUAGACUUUAAAGACGACUGUCUCAGGAUGUUCCUCAAGGCACCAAUAUUGACCUCAGAUUGUGAAAUUUAUGGACAGAAGUUUAAUUGUUCUAUUGAUUCAUUUAUUUCAGACCAUGAGCUGCUGAUAGAAAUUGAUAAAAUAAAUAUGGAACCAAAGAAAGUACAGAUCAUUCCUGAUGACAUGUCUGUAGAUAUACUGAUUGAGAGGAUGGAGUCCUCCAGAGAUACAGUUUGUUCUCCAACCUUGAUAUGGCUAAUUCAGCAAUGCCAACACCAGUCUAUAAUCAAUGCUUUGAGACGAUCAUUGGUGAAUGAUGCUAAUAGUUCGAGGCAUUGUUUUGAGUACUUAAACAAAAAGGAGAUGAUUGUUGCUCACUUAGAUCGUGGUAUUGAUGUCUCCAUCAAGAUGUCUUCAGAUUGGCCUCUUUGUUCCUAUGGCCUGAAGCUAAUUUCGAUCCGCAAUGCAGGGGAUCGUCCAACAAAUAUUGCUUCAACUAUACUUUGUAAGACCAAGGAACUGGCCAACGAAUUGGAGCCGCAGAUUCGGCAACAUCUUCUAACGCUUGUGGAUGCUGUUGAAGAUAUUAUCAUUCGAGAGCUGCGGUCUCGUUAGGACCACGCUGUCGACAGGAAUAGCUUUGGGGGAUAAUAGACAGCCUCUACUGGCUCGUGGAUCAAUGUUUCACUUUCACAUUUUGUACAGAAGCGACUCUAUCACCGUUACGCAUCUACGGCUGAUUUUUUUAGUGUCUGGCGCGUUGCCAGAAAAGAGAAUCUUGUUCAACUUUAUUAAGUUUGAACCGUAGCAAAUUUGACCAGUCAUGCCUGAUUCCUAUACUUGCCUUCAUCCUUUUUUGGCGGCAUGUAUUAUUACGAGAAUACACUCGUUUCCAUUGCAAAAA